AUGGCAGAAGUCCAGUCCCGCACUGCGGGUACAAGGGGCCGUGGAGGUUUCAGAGGCGGUAGAGGUGGCUUUCGAGGUGGAAGAACCCCCAGCAGGUCGCAACACAAGCCAGACCAAGAACAGGAAAACAUCCCUCCCACCUCACUCGAAGACCAAGGCGAAGUUGGCCUGCUCAAGAAAAAAUUUGCCGAGACUCUCCCCAUCUUGCGUGAAAUUUGUCCUGGCUGGAGCGACGAAGAUUUGGUUUUUGCCCUACAGGAGACGAACGGCGAUUUAGACGCCGCUGUUGAUCGAAUUUCCAGUGGUACCAUAUCACAAUGGGGCGAAGUCAAGAAGAAACACCCAAAGCCCAAGGAUGGACCCACUGCAUCGGGCGGCGAAGCCUCAAAGACACGUAGUCGUGGAACAGCAGAAAGUCGUGGAAGAGGUCGAGGUGGUGCCGAUCGUGGCAGCACUCGUGGUGGCCGCGGUGCGAAGACUGCCACACAUACUAAUGGAACAAAACCUGCAAACGCCUCAGAUGGAUGGGAUGCUACUCCAGCACAACAAUCGACAGAUACCACGGGAGGCUGGGACGCGGUUCCUGAGACUGGUGACGCUCCUGCUGCUACCGCUACCGGCGACUGGGCCAAUGAUCCGGGCAAAGAUGCUUUGGCGUCUCUGCAGACCGAAGAACCCAAACCAGCCUCCAACGCUGCCCCCUCUACCGCGAAGCCUGGUGGGUGGGCUGGUCUGUUCGCCAAACCUCCUCCUGCGCCCAAGAAAGCACCAGCUCCAGUUUUACCCCCUCCUCCUCCUGCUACUCAUCAAAAUGACCAGCCGCCUACUGAACUCGUCCCUACUGUCCAAGAUACCCCCCUUGCCGAGAUAGACAUUCCUCCUCCGAUCGAGUCUGUGACUGUCGACGAUGGUCCGUCUGAGCUUCCCUCUGCACCUCAUUCAGAUACGGGUAAGGACUUGACUCCGUCCAAAGAUGCACUCACAGAAAAGAAUUUGGAGAAAUUGCCUGAUACAUCCCAUCCACCACCUUCCGCCACAGCUGCAAGCACCGUUGCCAGCACACAAGACCCCUUGGCAGCUGUGGAAGCCACUAAACCCGUCAUUAGACCCGGCAUGUCUGGAUUUGCGGCCACCGCUUUGAAAGCCACUGGAACAGCUGGACGUUCGGCGAGCUAUACACGAAAAGUCAUGGAACAGCAUGAGGCGGUGGUCAUGCCUGGAAAUCAUGGGAUUGAAAAGACUGCGGUCCAAUUUGGCAAGCUUGGAUUAGGCGCCGACGAUGUGGAUGUGGAUGAAGAUCGUGAAGAACCUGAAACACGAACCCAACUUCCCGACGAUUCCCCCAGCGCUCCACGGGCCUCUCUACCACCUUCUCUACCUGAAUCUCAGCCUCAAUCGGCUGCUACUGGUCCUUCCCAACCGUUGGCCGAAGUGCAACAGUCUCAACGAGCCGCUCCAGGCCUUCCCCCUGCUCCUCAGCAAGCCCAGCAGCCUUCUCCCCAAUCUGCCUCUGCAUACGCCGACCAAUACCGCUAUGGCCAGGGACAGAAGCCAUAUGAUCCGUUUAGUCAACAAGGCCCAGCUGCCCAGGCACAGUCUCAGUCUCAAGAGCCCUUCUCCAAUCAAGUACCCAAUCAAACCGCAACCACCAGCGCACAGAACGACUAUUCCGCUUACUAUGGACGUGACGCAUACAAUUACUAUGGGGCGUAUGCUCAUGAUGGCCAGCGUACUACCAGUGGCUUUGGCACAUCAGGACCAGAGACUCAAGGUCAAUAUGCCACUUCUCGUCCUCAACAGCAAAGUGCCGGCGGUCAGCAAGAUGCGCAGGGCAGUGGUGACAACACUCCUGCACCUGGGCAGCCUGCUCAACAACAAUCGAGCCACCUACAACAAAAUCAAGGUCACGGGUAUCCAUAUGGAUAUCCCAACGCUGCCUACAAUCAACAAUAUCCUCAGUAUAGCGCGUCUUACAUCAACCAAAUGAAUCACCGUUACGGAGCGAAUCGACCAAUGUUUGACGACGUCCGACGCCAAGAUAGUGACUACUAUGGCAGCCAGCAGUAUAACUACGGUCAUGGCCAAAACCAUUACGCGGGAUACAACAAGUAUGGUCAACCUCAGGCUUAUUCUUAUGAGCACUCUUCAUCUCCCGCCAAUGCCGGCACUUUCGGCCGUGAUGGAGGUUACGGACGAGCAGGUUCAGCUCAACCCUCGGAGGCGCAACAGACAGCAGCAUCUAGCACCGCUUUCGGAAGCACCACUGCUGAUCCAUUUGGCCGCACCUCUUCUGGAUUCGGUCAAGGGCAGGGUCUUCAGCAACAUACUUCUCAUCAAGGAAGCGAUGAUCCCAGCAAAGUAUCCGGUCCCAGUCCGUCUCUUCAAGGAGGCCGUCCAGGUUCUGCGGUCAACAGCCUUCCUGGUCAGCAAAGUAGUCUUCCACCCCCAUCGCAACACUCGAAUCAACAAGCAUUCGGUGGAUAUCCUCAAUACGGUGGAUUAGGAAAUGUGAGCGGCCAUCAGAGUGGUCAUCAGAAUACUGCUGCUUAUGGUGCCGGCUAUGGAGGAUCCAAUUCUGCGUUUGGAGCGUAUGGUGGUUAUGGUGGUGGCCGGGGUUGGAAUGGCAGCUAUGGUUCGGGUCAUUAA